AUGUCCACGAGACACUUUGUCAAUGACCCGACCAAGCUGGUUGGCGACGCCCUGCACAGCUUGACCCUCGUCAACCCGCAUGUUGCCCUUGACGAGGAACACAAGAUCAUCUACCGCCGGCCCAACGAUGCUCCCACUCAAGUUUCCAUCUUGUCUGGAGGAGGCUCGGGUCACGAGCCCUCCUUCGCUGGCAUGGUCGGGCCCGGCAUGCUCUCGGCGGCCGUUGCUGGUACCAUCUUUGCCAGCCCGUCGGCAACUCAGGUCCGAGCCGGCAUCACCUCCCGCGUUGACGUCGACAAGGGAGUACUGGUCGUGGUGAUGAACUACACCGGCGACGUCCUGAGCUUCGGCAUGGCCGUCGAGAAGGCCAGGGCAGCUGGCAUCGACGCGCAGAUGGUCGUUGUCGGCGACGACGUCGGCGUCGGCCGAGCCAAGGGCGGCAAGGUCGGACGGCGCGGCAUCGCCGGCACCGUCCUCGUGCUCAAGAUUGCCGGCGCGCUGGCGGCGCUGGGCCGGUCACUUGACGCCGUUGCUUCUGCCGCCCGCCUGGCGGCCGAGAACCUGGUCAGUGUGGGCGCGAGCCUCGACCACGUACAUGUUCCUGGGCGGGCCAUCAGCACCGAGGACGCCUUGCAAGACGGCGAGGUAGAGAUCGGCAUGGGAAUCCACAAUGAGAUCGGUUCCGGACGAGACAAGAUCGCUCUCUCUGAACUCGUCAGCCGAAUGCUCGCCCAGCUGCUCGAUCAGUCCGACAAAGACCGUGCCUUUGUUCGUUUUGACUCCAAGCAAGUUGUGCUUUUGAUCAACAACCUUGGUGGCGUCAGCAUUUUGGAGAUGGGAGCGAUCACCACAGAGGUUGUAACGCAGCUAGGAUCUGGCUACAAUAUCAAGCCAGCCAGAGUCUUGAGUGGCAUGUUCAUGACAAGCCUCAAUGGCCUUGGCUUCAGUAUCAGUCUGUUAAAUGCGGUGGACACCGAUGGCAUCAGCAUGAUCAGCCUUCUCGACGCCCCGAGCGAGGUCCCUGGGUGGGCUGCUCCGAUACAAAGCGUAACGUGGGAGGCCAGGAACACACAAGUCCGGGCUGGCUCCUCGCAGUUUGAUCAAAGGAAAAAGCCAUCUGGCCAGACCAUGGAUGCUUCUACAGAAAAGUCUGCUUUGACAACCGCAUUGCAGCGUGUAAUAGCUGCUGAAGCCGAGGUCACGAAAUACGACACUGUUGUGGGCGAUGGUGAUUGUGGUAUUGGGUUGAAGAGGGGAGCUGAAGCCGUCCUCAAACAUGUCCAGCAAGCCGGAGUUACAGGUGACAUCCUCAGCGAUCUAGCAGACAUCGUGUCCGUUGUGGAAAACAACAUGGACGGUACCUCGGGGGCUCUAUAUGCCAUCUUUUUGAAUGCUCUCGUCCACGCCUUGCAAUCCCUGGAGUCGGGUGCUCUUACGCGCCGAAAGUGGGCUGCCGCUUUGAAGAAGAGUUGUGAUGCUCUGUCAAAGUACACUCCUGCACGCCCUGGAGAUCGAACCUUGAUAGACGCCUUGUACCCUUUUGUUGAGAUACUGGAAAAGACUGGCAGUUUGAAGGAGGCUGCCCUGGCAGCUAGGAAAGCGGCAAUAGAGACUCAAGGCAUGCACGCGAGUCUUGGUCGGUCUGUGUAUGUUGGAGGAACAGGGUUCACAAAGGUCCCCGAUCCAGGUGCCUGGGGUCUUUCCUGUUUCUUCCUGGGGCUUGCAGGCCUGGAGCCGACGGCCGAGUGA